CUCUAGCUGAUCUGAUCUCUAAAUAUAAAUCAAUGGUUAUACAGAUUGCACAGCAAGUGAGAAGCAGCACGGGGCAGGCAGGCCAAGCUCUGAUACACAAAUAAACCAACACGUAAUGGCUUCGACGCGAGUGCGCUUGGUGGCCACGCUCAUCAUCUCUCUUGUGCUUCUCGCCUUGGAGGCUGCAGCUGCGAGGCAACUCAGCGAGGCUCCCCUCACAAGCAUUCAGAGCCCAGAUGGAGAUAUCAUAGACUGUGUGCACAUCACUAAACAGCCUGCAUUUGAUCAUCCUCUCCUCAAGAAUCAUGUUAUCCAGAUGCGGCCUUCUGACUACCCAAUAAGCCAUUACGAUGAGUCCAGCAUUAUAACUCAUCCUUUCACCCAAACAUGGCAUCAAAAUGGCGAGUGCCCUGAGAACACCAUACCGAUCCGAAGGACCAAAGAUGAGGAUAUACUGAAGGCUAGCUCUAUCAGGAAGUAUGGCAAGAUGAUGCCCAUCGGUGUCCCAAAUCUAAUGUCUGUCGAAGACCCUCAAACAUCCAAUCAAACCAAAGGUCACCAGCAUGCCGUCGCCUCUGCUUGGGGCAAUGAUAAGUACUAUGGAACCCAAGCCACCUUCAAUUUGUGGCAACCGACAGUUGAGAGCGCCAAGCACUUCAGUUUGGCUCAGCUCUGGAUCACCAGUGGGUCCUACCAGAACAACGACCUCAAUACCAUUGAAGCAGGAUGGCAGGUUUUCCCUAAUCUGUAUAAUGAUAGCAACGCUAGACUCUUCAUAUACUGGACUAAUGAUGCUUAUGACAAAACAGGAUGUUACAACCUAUGCCCAGGAUUCAUCCAAACAAACAAUCAAAUCGCCAUUGGUGGCAGCAUCUCACAACUGUCCCCCGUCUCCAUUUAUGCAGGCUUGCAGUAUGACAUCACUAUUUUAGUUUGGAAGGGCCGAAAGGAUGGCAAUUGGUGGUUGAAAGUUGGAAGCUAUGUUUUGGGCUAUUGGCCACCGUCCAUCUUCACCAACUUGGCAAACAGUGCCGAGUCUAUCCAGUGGGGUGGUGAGGUGUACUCGCCUAACCCUGCUUCCCAAACUUCGACAGACAUGGGCAGUGGACACUUCCCUGAGGAAGGGUUUGGCAAGGCUAGCUACAUCAGGAACAUCCAAGUGGUAGAUUCGUUCAACAGUCUCAUAUCGCCAAAUGAUGUGGCCUUGGGAGGUGCGCAACGCAACUGCUAUCGAGUCCUAAAUGGUACAGCAAGAAAUUGGGGCACUUACAUCUUCUAUGGAGGACCCGGGAAGAAUCCUAACUGCCCAUAGCAAAAAAAAAAAAAUGCAUCGCUUUUAGAGUGCAAACAUCUCCACGGCACAGGCAAGUAGGGUUUUGUGUGUGACCAGGCACCCAAUAAAUAAUUUUAUUGUCUAUAUAUACUUGUGAAUGCAUAUUCGUUGUAAUGAUCAGUUGGACAGUUGC